AUGAGCACAGAGAAGCACAGCAUUACGCUCUACUGCGAGGGCACUCCGAACCCUCUCAAGAUCUCCAUUGCCCUGGAGGAAUUGGGCUUGAAGUACAACGUACACCCAAUCAAGCUCUUUGAACACGAGCAGAAAGAGCCGUGGUUCCUCGACAUCAAUCCCAACGGUCGCAUCCCAGCCCUGGUCGACACGGACGAGAACGGCCAGCAGCUCAAGAUCUGGGAGAGCGGUGCCAUUCUCGAAUACCUCGUGGACCGGUACGACCGGGACCACAAGAUCUCGUAUCCUCGCGGGACCAAGGAGCACUGGGAGAUGACCAGCUGGCUCUUUUGGCAGAUGAGUGGCCUCGGCCCAAUGCAAGGCCAGGCAAACCACUUCGAGAUGUCCGCCUUUGGGGACUAUCCAUACGCCUUGAAGCGCUACGUCAACGAGACACGCCGCCUGUAUCGCACCAUGGACCAGGCGCUCACCAAGAAUGCGUCCGGAUACCUCGUAGGUGAUCAUCUGACCAUCGCCGACAUUGCCAUCUGGCCAUGGACCACGGCGUACAAGUACAGUGGUCUGUCCCAGAUCGACGAGUUCCCACAAGUCAAGGAGUGGAUGUACAGGCUCCUUGGGCGUCCUGGGUUCGAGAAGGGUCGCAACGUCCCGAAUCCCCAUAUCUACCUCCAGCUCAACGAGCUGCCGGAUGAGGAGUUGAGGAAGAUUGGGAGGGAGAGGUCGGGGUGGGUUCAGGAGGCUAUGAAGCGCGAUGCUGAAUGA